AUGUCGAGGCUUCUCGCCAACCUCAUCAUCGCGGGUGGCAGUAUGCUGGUCAAGGCGGCGUCGCAAGCCUACCAGAAGGCUCUGGUCAACGCGCAGCGCUCGGGGGUCGCGCAGGAGGCCGCCAAGGGCACCGCCGCGUCCAUGUUCGCGAAGAAGACCAUGAGCAUCGAGGAGGCGCGCAUGAUCCUCGGCAUCGACGCGGGCGCGACGCUGGAAGAGGCCAUGGCGCGGUACCAGAAGAUGUUCGAGGCGAACGAGAAGGCCAGCUUCUACCUUCAGUCCAAGAUUCACCGCGCGAAGGAGCGAUUGGAGCAGGAGUUUGGGUUGGAAUCACCAGAGGAUGGUCCCGCGGGUGGCGACGAGGACGGAGGAGGCGGCGACGGGGACGGCGGCGCGGGGGGAAGCAAAGCGAACCCCAACGCCGGGAGGGGUUUCGCCGCGAGCGGCGUCGACCCCGAGGACAAACCCAGGCAGUAG